UUUCCCCAAUUUGCUCUCUUUUCAAGUCCCCGCCAAACACCUCCCUAUAUUUCGCCACCCUAAUCCCCCACGCACCCCAACCCCCCUAUUUAAACAGGGCAGUCUCCUCGCCGACUGAGCCAUUCAUUCCCAUUUCACUUUACUUUUUGCACAAUCUCCAGUCUUCCGCUGGGUAGCGGCAAUCACCAAUGGCCAACGUCAGUGACCUCCCCUGCGACGCCGAUGGAGUCUGCAUGGUGUGCAAGAAGAAGGCACCUGAUGGCGAGAUCCUCACCUGCAAAACGUGUGUCACUCCCUGGCACAGCACUUGCCUCUCCAUCCCUCUGAAAACCCUAGCCGAUGCUGCCCAGUGGGAGUGUCCAGACUGCUCCUUUACCGCCAAUCCACCGGGUGGUGCCGCCGUCAAGUUGUCGAUCUCCGGCGGAGACCUGGUGGAGAAGAUCCGGGCGAUCGAGUCCAACCCGACGCUGACUGAUCGCGAGAAGGCCAAGCAACGCCAGGAGCUACUGAGCGGAGAAGCUAUAUCAGCGUCUCCGGAGGUCCCUAAUCAAGAUCAAAAGAAGUCCAAUGGCGGGACUAACGAGGGUUUAGCCAUUCUUGGGGACAAGCUCAACUGCUCCAUCUGCAUGCAGCUUCUCGAUAGACCUGUCUCUACACCAUGUGGCCACAAUUUUUGUUUGAAGUGCUUCCAGAAGUGGGUAGGUCAGGGGAAGCUCACUUGUGCCAUUUGUCGCAAGGUGAUUCCAUCAAAGAUGGCAAGGGAGCCCCGUAUAAACUCUGCUAUUGUUAUGGCCAUUCGAAAUGCCAAAAUGUCCCAGUCUAAUGUUUCAGGGGGUGUUCCAAGGGUCAACCAUUUUGUUCACAACAAAGAUCGACCAGAUAAAGCAUACACCACUGAGCGAGCAAAAAAAUCUGGAAAGGCUAAUGCCUGCAGUGGAAAGAUUUUUGUUACAGUUCCUCUUGAUCAUUUUGGUCCAAUUACAGCAGAGCAUGAUCCAGAAAGAAAUUUGGGCGUGUUGGUUGGUGAGACCUGGGAGGAUAGGAUGGAAUGCAGGCAGUGGGGGGCUCACUUUACCCACGUUGCUGGGAUUGCUGGGCAGUCAGAGUAUGGAGCGCAAUCUGUUGCACUAUCAGGGGGUUAUGAAGAUGACGAGGACCAUGGCGAAUGGUUUCUUUAUACUGGAAGUGGUGGAAGAGACCUUAGUGGGAAUAAAAGGACGAACAAGAAACAAUCAUUCGACCAGAAGUUUGAUAAAAGCAAUGAAGCCUUACGAGUUAGUUGCAAAAAUGGUUAUCCUGUCCGAGUUGUAAGGUCUCAUAAGGAGAAACGUUCUUCUUAUGCGCCACAGGAAGGUGUACGUUAUGAUGGGAUAUAUAGGAUUGAAAAAUGUUGGCGAAAGUCUGGAAUUCAAGGAUUUAAGGUGUGUCGUUAUCUGUUCGUACGUUGUGAUAAUGAUCCUGCACCAUGGACAAGUGACAAUAAUGGUGAUUGCCCAAGAGAGCUGCCAACUGUUGAGGAAUUAAAGCAUGCUACUGACAUUACAGAGAGAAAAAAGAGUCCUGCCUGGGAUUUCGAUGAGGGACAGGGUCGUUGGAUUUGGAAAAAACCUGCACCAGAAAGUCGUAAAGUUUCUGAUGUUUAUGAUGAGGAAGGUAAGAGCAAAAAGAGAGCAAGACGUCAAAAAGGAAACGAGUCAGUUAAAGAAAGGCUUUUGAAAGAAUUUGGCUGCCUCAUCUGCCGGAAAGUAAUGGUGCUUCCACUUACAACUCCCUGUGCUCAUAACUUUUGCAAGGGGUGCUUAGAGAAUGCCUUUGCUGGCCAAUCUUUCAUUAAGCAAAGGACAUGUGGAGGUACGAGAACCCUCCGAGCACAAAAAAAUGUUAUGAAAUGCCCAUCCUGCUCAAAUGAUGUAUCCGAUUUCCUUCAGAAUCCCCAGGUCAAUAGAGAGUUGAUGAAUUUGAUUGAAUCACUACAGAGCCAGAUGAAGGAGGAAAACAUGGGAUCUGAAGACAUUGAUGAUGGUGCAGAUGAGGAAGAUGAUGAUUUGUGUGAUGAAACUGAUGCAUGUAUAGAAGUGAACAUGGGGGAAGAAAUUGAUGGCUCAGAUGGAAAAUCAAACAUUGGUGCUGAAAAUAAGAACUGUGAUGCAAGUGCAGAAAUUCUAAUGGAAGAGAAUGAUGAGAAAGAAGUCAGUAAACCUUUGACCGACACCAACCCCCAGUCACCUAUCGGAAAGGAAGCCCUAGACAGGCAUGAUGCUGUGAGUGAUGGCCAAGAAGCUGAUGUUGCCAGAGGUGAAAUGCCCAAAAGAAGAAACAAGCGAAAGAGUGCUGCUGGUGAAGAGACUUGCACUUUGGCUCCCAACAUGGGCAAGAGGAGAGGAGCCAACAAGGCUUAAACAAAAAUUGAUCACAUGUUCUGCUAUCUCAUUCUCCCACCCGUCUUUUUCUUCAUUACAACCUCCCCCAUUUUUCUGAUGACUUGUUGGACUCGUGUCAAGUUCUGUUGAGCACGUGAGGAGGGUUUUGGGCAUACACAAGUUCUUUUUGGCAGGAUUAAGGUUUAAACUGACUUUUUGGUACUAUAGUUGUCUAUAGGGGAUGUACUGCCCAUCUUUAAUUGCCUAUGGAUUAUGAUGUUAAUAGGAUUUUAAAAAUGCAGUAUACAGAUGCUGUUCGCUUUUGAAUUACCAGUUUAUGUGGAAAUCUUUGUUUUUAUGCCAAUAGCAUGCAAGUUGGAAGCAUGUUGUACCAACUCUUUGAAAUUAUUCCUAGCACACCUGAUUGCUUGCAUUUU